GACGGAGACUCCCCCGCCAAAUAAUUGGCAAGCCAACCAUUGGCAAGGCAGCUGCAGGCGUGAACCAAACACACCCGAUCACCUAUGGCUCCUCAGAAGGCGCGUUAUACCAAGGAACGGCUCGAGACGCCCGCUUUGGAGGGUGACCUGGCGUUGGAGAGGUUUAGCUCGUCAGAUCCAGAGAAGGAUGAGGAUGACGGCGGCAAGAUGCGCAGCGUGCUGCCCUUGUUCUAUGAUAACGACGAGGAGUUGUUCGCGGCGGCGGUGAAGGAGGAAGAGGCUGCGGCUGAGCGGCAGAGGCGGGAUGCCGAGGAGAAGGCACGGGAGGCGGACGAGGAGAAGCGGCGGGCGGAGGAGAGGAACCGGCUGAAAGAGGAGGCCGUCUGGAGACGAAAGAAACAUGGAGAGGUCUACAAUUCGAUCCGCCAGUACAAUCCCAAGACCAAGUGUGUGGAGUACACCAGGUUCCCCUUCGCGGAUCUCUCCACGUUCGACCUUGACGAGAUCUCGCCUGUACUUCCCAUGAGAUACACUGACAAGCAGAUAAAAGACCGUGCAUAUUUGAAUUCCAUAAAUGUUUUAUCGGUCAAGAUAGUUUCCUCAGACAAAGGCUUCCCGCUUAAUGUAUAUGGCAAUAUUAUUCUUAGAGACAACCUCGAUGAGAAGUGCAUUUUUCUCUUCUCCCGCCCUAGCAGAAUGGAUUCUGAGCUCAUUAAUUCAGAGGAUCAAUCAUUGAUCUUGACUGGCCCUAGUCGAGGACUUGUUUUAACAGACUAUAUUUUUAUUGAGGUCCAUCUUAAGAUGAAGCUUGACAACGGGGAGGACGAACAACUUAGCAUAGGAUUGCUUGACAUUGAUGGCCGAGUGGCUCCUCGGGUGCCCACAAGUAAGGUUCGGUGUUGCACUCUUGAGAGCAGCCUCAGCAUCGUGGAGGUGAGAUAUGCACUAGUUAAAGAAGCAACGGAGGCUACUGUGGAAUUUCCAGUUCUCAAGGGAGAUUUCAAGGGCAAAAUCACAGCUCACACCACCAGAAUUCAUGAUAGGAUGUUGCUUCAUGAUAGCAGAGCAUGUGGUGCGGCAAUCUCUUCUGAUGGUAGUCGAGUUAUCGAACUGUUGCGUCGUGUCCUAGCUGUCUGUGUGGAUGAGGUGCUGUUUAUUUCAGCUGAACCUGAAGGUGUGGAUACCCUUGUUAAGAAAUUUACUCCAUCCCUCAGUGGUUCCCAGAGUGAUGUAUUUGAUUGGGGUGCCGUUAAGUUAGGUGUGAAGGUAACUUGGUCCGUAAUAAGUUUCUAGAUUGGAUUUUAUCUGUACAGUUCAGGGAUGUAAUGGUUACCGUUGUACAGGUUCCCAUGGAACAAAGUACUGGUAUGUGCCCUCUACUGUUAUGUACUGUAUGUUGAACCACAAAUCAUAUGUUGUUACUGA